CUCUUUCCUUCCGACAGCUUUAUAAAUAUAUGCACAUGAGGCCUAUUUGGUCUCCAGAUUCAAAAGUAUAAGAGUUGAUCUCUUCUUGCGGAGGCCUUAACCAAGAAAUGGCUUCUAUUAACGUCCCUUCUUGCUCUUCAACAACUGCCAGAACAGCUCUCCCUUGUACCCAGGCAUGGAGAAACUUCAAAUUGUUCAAUGGAUUACAUGGAGUAAAUUCAUUUUCCACAAAUGGGUGCACAUUGAACGCCAAUUUCAUCUGCAUUAAUGGUACUAAAUCUCCCUUCAGUAUUAAGGGUGUUGGCAAAAUUCAAGCAGCAGUAGUAUCUGAUGAAGGUGACCUGUUGUCCUAUUCCAAUGGCAAUAAUGCUGCAGCAAAGAGGACUUUAAUUGAUAACAAACCAGUUGAAAUUAAAUUACAGCCUGAUGCAAUAGCAUUUGGAACCCUUGUAGCAGAUACUGCUGCCAUCCUCAGUGGCUUCCCUAUCGAUAAUGAUGAGUUUGAUUUGGAUCGCCCCACAGAAGGAUUUUCCUCCAUACCUGAGGCCAUUGAGGAUAUUCGUCAAGGAAAGAUGGUAGUGGUUGUAGACGACGAAGACAGAGAAAAUGAAGGGGAUCUUAUCAUGGCAGCACAGUUGGCAACACCUGAAGCUAUGGCUUUUAUUGUGAAGCACGGUACUGGAAUAGUUUGUGUGAGCAUGGCUGGUGAAUAUCUUGACAGGUUGCAACUCCCUUUAAUGGUUACCCAAAAUGAAAAUGAUGAAAAACUUUGCACUGCAUUCACAGUGACAGUGGAUGCCAAACAUGGUACAACCACAGGGGUUUCAGCUCAUGACAGGGCAACAACCGUGUUAGCUUUGGCAAACAGAGAUUCAAAGCCCAAGGACUUCAACCGACCAGGCCAUAUUUUUCCAUUGAGGUACAGGGAGGGUGGCGUUUUGAAAAGAGCUGGACAUACAGAAGCUUCUGUUGAUCUUGCUGUUCUAGCUGGAUUGGACCCUGUUGGAGUUCUAUGUGAGAUUGUAGAUGAUGAUGGCUCCAUGGCUAGAUUGCCAAAGCUUCGUCAAUUUGCACAGCAGGAGAAUUUAAAAAUUAUAUCUAUUGCUGAUUUAAUCAGGUAUAGGAGGAAGAGAGAGAAAUUAGUAGAUCGUUCUUCUGCUGCUCGGAUACCAACAAUGUGGGGUCCAUUUACAGCUUACUGUUAUAGGUCAAUAUUAGAUGGCAUUGAACAUAUUGCAAUGGUUAAGGGUGAGAUUGGGGAUGGACAGGAUAUUCUUGUGAGGGUGCAUUCAGAAUGCCUCACAGGAGAUAUAUUUGGUUCUGCCAGAUGUGACUGUGGGAACCAAUUGGCACUCGCAAUGCAGCAGAUUGAGGCUGCUGGCAGGGGUGUGCUGAUAUACCUCCGGGGGCAUGAAGGAAGAGGAAUUGGUUUGGGCCACAAGCUCCGUGCUUACGACCUACAGGAUGCUGGGCGUGAUACAGUUGAAGCAAAUGAAGAACUAGGACUGCCUGUUGAUUCACGAGAAUAUGGCAUUGGUGCCCAGAUAUUACAGGAUCUGGGUGUCCGAACAAUGAAGUUGAUGACAAACAACCCUGCAAAGUACAUUGGGCUCAAGGGCUAUGGUUUGACAGUUGCAGGUAGGAUUCCUUUGUUAACUACCAUCACAAAGGAAAACAAGAGGUAUCUGGAGACCAAACGUGCUAAAAUGGGUCAUAUCUAUGGAGUAGAAUUCAAUGGCCAAUUAAGCAAUCUCACCAAUGAAAAUGGUAAACCUAGCAUCAACACUGCAGCAGAUGCUACUUCUAACCGAUGAGCAAGGUGCUCCGGCUUCGACACCCACGAGUCACACAAAAGAAUGGCAUAAUUAUCAAUCGGACUGAUCAUGGAGACGAAUUCAAAUUCUUUUAUCAUUCUCUAGUGAGAAACUCUUAACUAUGAUUACACUUGCUUGGCAAAAUAAAGUUCUGCUGAAAGAAUUAUGUACUGCACUGCACUGAAAAGCCAUUCAUUCAUUUUCUUCUUAAAA